AUGCGAUUUCUCAUUUUAAAACUCAAAUCAUUCGAAAGCGGCUGCUCCUUCCUGGCUAUGUCAUCUGAUAAAGGAUCUGUAUCGACAAAAUCUGUAAAUAGUGCAACAUGGAACGAUACGUUUCCUGCCAAAUUCGAUGAAAAGAAUGAAUCGGAUAUAUUUUUUCUACGCUGCAUAUACUUGGUUUUCGUUUAUAUAAUUUGCAAAAGAAAAGUUCUACCUAGCCAUUUGUUUAAAAAACGAACAAUUGAUGGCAUAAUCAAAACUUAUGUAAUGAAUAGUGACGACAAAUUUGGUAUACGAAUUGCAAAUAAGUUCAGAGCAUUGGGUGAAGCUAUCAAAUUAAAGUUUCUUGACAAUGAGAGUGAUGUGGAUGCUGCCGUUGAAGUAUUCACUUGGAAGAUGUUUUACAGCGAUGACCAAACGUCCGCUUCAUUUCUAAACAAUAAGGGAGAGAUAGUUGCUUCAGUAGAAUACACAGGAUUGAACGAAAUUAAAAGAAGUACACGACGCCUUCUAUAUGCAAUUAAACAGCUCUGCACAAAAGUAUUGGCUCCUCUUCCACCUAAUAUGACUGCUGGUUUCCGUAUUACGUAUACUAAUGCUGCUCCUUCUCAUUAUCAAGCAGAAGGUUUCUAUCCAUCUGUAGAAUUGUAUCACAUGGAUCCUAGAGCUUCAACUCUCGAAUUAUCUAACAACUUUCUAUCAACAAUGCAUCACAGAUGUUCUGUCCAAGUUCAAUCCAUAUAUCUUCCGACUAUUGAAGGAAAGAUCGAUAAUGAGGCUAUUCUUGACAAGUUAAUGGAGAAGAAUGAUGAUCGAGUUGGGAAUGAUGCACCUGCAGAAGCAAACAGUGCUGAUGUUUCACGCCGUAGCUCUGAUGAGUUCGAAAUCCAGCCUAUGGAGGAAGUCGUAGAAAUGAACUGCCGUAUGUCAAGAGAGUCUUCCUCUGUAGUCUCAUCUAGUUGUCCAGAGAACUCUGCAAUGGCAUAUAAUGGAGGAACCUGUAAUUCUGUAAAUACUACGUUGUAUGAAAGAGACCGUGUAGACGAAUCUAUGGGAGAUUGUACUCCCAAUAGGCUCAAUGAGAGUACUAUCUUGAGUCGCAUGGGUCGUGUACAUAGUCUACUCACUAUUACGCCAGAGAAUAGUCCCUGA